AUGAAGCUCCUCGUCUGUCUCACGGUCCUCAUUGCCGCAGCCAUCUCGAUAGCCGACCCGGUCGAGAAGCGGACCGCGGGUAGUGUCGAGAUCUGUACCGGCCCCGCGGCAACCGGCAACUGCUCCGCCGACUCGUACGAGCUCGAGGCGUGCCACAACGUGACCAGCGAGUUCUCGGGCAACGCGGGGACGUUCGCGCCCGAGGACGACAGCUUCUACUGCCUCCUCUACCUCACGGUGUGCGGCGGCGAGUGCAGGUCGCCCACGGGCUGCCCGCCGGGCCUCGUCACGUACGACUCGCCCGAGAAGUUCAACCUGACGGCCCUGGCCCCCGGCUGGGACCGUCUCAUCACGUCGUUCGAGUGCCACGCCGGCGCGCACCCCUCAUAA